AUGAUUGGAGGAGCAUAUAGUUUAGUAUUAGAAAUGCCAACUUUUGGUCGUUGGGAUGUUUUAGUAGAAAGUUGUACUUGCAAUGGAAUCUUUCAAUUUUUACAGGGAGGAGGUUGUUUUCGAAGGGAUAAUUUUUGGUUAAAUAAAAAUGAAUGGAGAAGUGAAACAAAUAAAUAUAUUGUUGUUCAUUUUGUAGCUCCCCAAACUUUGUUAAAAUUUGACUGUCAAACACUCGUUGUCAAAUGCUGUGGUUGUUGUGAUAAUGCAUGUGGCCGUCUACCUUUAUUGGAAUCAUUCUCGUCUUUAGCUAUGACAAUUUCCUGCCAAUACCCAUUGCCCAUACCUCCAUCACCUCCUCUACUGCCUCCUCCAGUUCUUCCCCCUUCUACUGGCGAAUAUUCUAGUGGGUGUUGGAUGCCUUUUUUGUGGGGAGAUUCUUGCCCUUCUAAUGGAGAUAAUGAUUCUUUUUGGCUUAUUCCAUUGUUUCUUUGCCUUUUGGCUUUACUUUUGAUUUUAUGUUGUUUAUUGGGAUUGUGUAUUUAUUGGGCAAUUAGAAGGCGAAAAGAACAAGGACGAAUAUUUCCACAAAAGAAGGAAGAAUCGCCACAACUUUCUCCAAUACCACCACCAAUUCCAUCACCUCCUCUUCCACCACUCCCAAAAGAUCGAAAAAUAUUUUCUACAGACCAAUCAGCUCAAACAACACCAAUAUCCCCACUUUCCCCAAUUAACGAAUCUGGAAUUGACUAUUUUGAUAAAAGCAGAAGAAAUCAAAGAUUAAUAGAUUCUGGUAAUGGUUUUGAACGUUUUGAACAUCAUGCAGCACUUCCAAUAAUUCCAACAUCUCCGUGGUUUAGUUGGUCUAGAGAAGAGGAAGAAAUUGAAGAAAGGGAAGAAGAAUGGAGAAUGGAAGAUAAAGAAGGAAGAAAUAAAUUUAGUAGACAAUCGUUUAAUCCCCCGCCACCUUAUAGAGAAGGAAAUAGACAACAACAAUAUUAUGAAAAUUUUGGUGGCCGAGCAAAUGUUGUUGGAACAAAUUUGGAGGAAGAAGGAUUUCGUCAAAAAAUAAAUGGAAGGAAUGGAAGUACUAAAUUUGGAGUUGAAAAGCAAAUAGAUACAGACGAAGAAGAUAGAAUGCAAAUAAGAAGUGUUUCUCCUAAAGGCACAAUUAGAGAAUUAGAUGAGAGAAGUCGAUGGAAACGAACACUUUUUUGA